ACGAGUAUACUCGUCACGAAGAAAUGGCAGUAUUUUGUGUUACAAAUGAGCCCUGUCAGUAAUAAAGUUCAAAAAUAAAACAGUUGCAGCUUCAUUCUAUAUCGUAACAGCUACACAUACUCUGUGCUUGGCGAGUAUACUCGUCAUCGCUUGCUUUUGUGUAGAAGCUUCUCAAAGCUUUCAAAGAAGUUGCAACAGCUAUCUUAAAAUGUUCUAUCUGUCGUUUGAAAACUCAAGAAAAUUGCGGUUCCAUCAUUUUCGCCUCUGUCCUUUUCCAUUCGAUUAAAAAUAUUUAAUCGUUAUUUCGCGACUUUACUCAGUAGUUGAAACAAAUCGAAACGGUUGCGUUGAUAGUUCUCUGCUCGUUCUCGAUUAAAGUUGCGGUAACAUCGGUACAAAAAGAGCACGAGCAAAUACGAAGUUUUACAAUUGAUAUUCAGUCGAUUGCCGUAGCAAUUGAAAUUGCAUCGGCUUGAAUCUUCAUUGAUUCCAUUUGUACGAUUGCCGUCCCGAUAACUGCUAUUAAAUUUCUCCUUUAGUCACUUUAACGUUAAACGGUACAGAGCAGUUAACCAUCUUCGAUUUAUUUAGGCUAGUUACGGACGAAACUCCGUUCUAGAAGAUUGAUUAAACUCUCGGCCCUCGUUGCCACUGAUAUUCCAAUGUAAUGCAGCUAAGUUGAACGAAAGCUUUUCUAAUAACAGAAUAAUAUAAAUAUAAGAAUUCCAAAAUUGCAAGGGUUCUUUCACUUGUCUUCUUACGUUUUGCUCUUUUAUUUCUUACGUUUGCCUGUGAACAACGAUACGCAAAUAUUUUUACUUGCCACGACUUGCCAUAAGAAAUUAUGAAAAUAUAUCUCGUAGACAACAGAGUUACAAAAACAUUUGUUACGUAACAAUGUUUUGUUGCAUCGGGUAGACACUUACAGGCGAGAUAGCUAUAAAAUUACUCGUUUCGCUGAAUACGAUCUUUAGUGUGAAUGCGAUUGAUAAUCUUAUUCUUCCACUUUAUAACGUAUCGAGGCAACAUUGCGCUCAGGUUACUAGUCGUUGUAAGUUGCAUCGAAUUUCGUUCGACGAGGAUGCGUUAAAAUACGAUCCGUUUGUUUUUUCGCGUUCGAUCGUUCUCUGAACACGUGUUUCCAUCUGGAAUAAAACGCGGAUUUCGAUAAAACGUCCAAACAAAAGAGUAAACGACGAGCGAGUAACCGCCAAGCAACUCUUUAAAUGAAAGAUAAAUUAAGAUCGAAAAUUGGCGGCCCGCCAAAGUUAUGCACACGUGCGUUUCACGUUGAUCUUGCGAUUUCCAUCGUAAAGCUUUCCGCUAUACGGGACCAACAAUCGGUAAAGUGUUUUGCGCACUUUUGCGCGAAGCUUUAUUGUGGCUGUGCGCCACGAGAUUACGGCUCCUUCGUUUACAUAAAAAUACGAUAAUAUGGAGUUGCUGGUGCCAGCUGUCUCGGACGUCGUGUUUAAGUACACGUGGCCCGUUCCAAAUUACAAAAAAAUUAUUUUAAAGAAAAAGCUUAUCGAUAGCCCGUCGUUCGACAUCAAUGUGAACGAUAUUCGCAGCACGUGGAAUUUGUCCAUCAGAUUCUGGAAGAAUCCCGAUGGCAAACGAAUGAUAAACCCAAUGGUAUUGUGCCUGAACAUGUUGAACUGCACCGUAGAUGAAGCGGAACAAGCGAAGAUACGAUUUCAAUUUGCAGUUUUCAAUGCUGACGUUAAACACUGGGAGUACUGUCACGUUAGCAGGACAAUACUUGAGCUGAAAUCAUACACGGACAUCAUUUCCUUGGGAUACAGGGACUUGUCUAUCGCCGACAGGCAUUUAAAGAAGAACGGCGAGGUGAUGUUAAUGGUUAAGAUACAGAUAAUUCAUUACGAAAGCGAGAAACACCACUUGUCGCAGGAUAUGGCCAGACUAUUAAAGCAUUCGUAUGGCGCAGACACUAAGUUGAUUUGCGGGGGUUUGAAUAAAAUGGAAAUUCCAGUUCACAGCAACAUAUUGGCUGCUCGUAGCAACGUUCUCGCUGAAAUGAUUUCGCCCAUAAGAGAAUUGAAUAACAGGAAAAGCUCGAAGUCGGAUACCGCAGAGGAUAAGAUAUCGGACAUGAGAGAAUUAGAAGAAGAUAUAAUCGAUAAAGAAAACGAAAGUUCCAAUAAUCGUUACGUGUAUGCUCUGAAUUUGCUGGAUCUUAGCAAAGAAGUGACAGAAGAAUUGUUGCGAUACAUUUAUAGCGAUCACGUUGAUAAUUUGGAUAUUUUUGCUCAGGAACUUUUAUCUUUGGCUGAACGCUUUUGCCUACAAGGGUUAAAAGAACUCUGCGAAAGAAAUCUUAUCGAAACGAUAACUCCAGAAAAUGUAGCUAGCAGACUUUUGGUUGCAGACGAGUUUGGUUGUGAUGCGCUUAAAAGAGCGAGUUUGGCAUAUUGCGAGAAAAAUAUAACGAUGCUCAACAAAAGCUUGGCAUGGAAAAUGAUGGAACAAACAAACCCAGAAUUAUUCAAUGAAGUUUGUGAAGCUGGUAUUAGCAGUUCAAGAUCAAGUAACAUAGAUGAUAGCGAAUUAAGCAAUUGACGUCUUCCUUUCUUCAUGUAUAAGCAAUUUAGUAAUUAAUUGUGAAGUAUUAUAAAUUUUAGUCAGUGGUUUUAUAGUUUUCAAAAGGAUGAAUCAAGAUAUGAUAUAAAUUCUAUAGAAAGUUUGACUACUUAUAAAA